CACGACUAAGGCCUUGGGUUCUAAUAUUGUCGCUGCAGUCCCAAUUCUUCAACAUGCUCAUUCACUAUCACCAUGGCUCAAGCAGAAAAAAGAGUCAGUCUGGGUGAGCUCAUUCGGCACGCAGGCAUCACCCCGGCCACUACCCGACAGCCAUGCUUACCCGCACCGUCUCAACCCAGUAACCUCUCAAGCGAGGAAGACCGCACACAAGCCCGGGAUAUCCUGAUCAGGCGGCGGCAGAAGAACCCAGAGAGCAAAGAUGCUGUGCUGAAACGCAUCUUCAAGAGCCCCAAAGACAAGGAGAAGGCACUGGACACAACGCAAUGGGAGUUCUCUCAAGACGAGUUGGAUCAGGCCUUGUCUGCCGUAAUCCGCAACCCCAAAUCCAACCUUGGACUUGUGCAAGCUUUUCUGGGCUUGGGAGUAAAGAUCAACUUCGUCGACACAUCUGAUAAGAAGAAGUCCAAGAGCAACACGCCCAACUCUAGCCUUCGCCGUCGAAGCACAGUACUACAGCAAGCUGCCACUCUUCGCAAAGCAGAUUCUGUCAAUUUACUCGCUUGUUCCGGUGCUGAUCAGACUACACUGGACGAGGGUCUGAAGGCUGCUCUUACUGCCAAAGAUCAUCCAUGCGUCGAAGAGCUAUUACGACAUGGAGCAGACCUCAACAGGUUUCCCAAUGCACUCGCAGCCGCUGUACAAGCGAAUGAUCAGAGCUUUGCUCAAUUGCUGCUCAGAGCGCCGAAAGCCUUACGCCCUGAGGUCAUUUCUUCCUGCCUCCCUGCGGCCGUACGACAGAACUCUGAGCCUAUCGUUUCGCUGCUCAUCAGUUACGGUGCUGAUCCCAACUUUGACUCAGCCAAUGCUCUGAACAUGGCUAUUGGAAAGGAAGAUUGGAAGAUGACCCUCAUGUUGGUGUCUGGGCCAACCCCUCUCGCGCCACCGAACCUACAAAGACUGCUAGACACCGUGAUGCGGUUGCGGACAUGCAUAGCAACAUUGCAGUUUCUACAAUUGCUGUUUUGUUGCGGCUUGCCUCCAGCCAGUAUUGGUCUACCCGACCUUCUGAUCUGUCGUGUUCGAAAGAACGAUACUCCCGGAUCGAAAAUGAUGAUCAAUCAUGGCGUUCCUACUACCACGAACGAAGCCGAGUGCUUAAGACUCGCCAUAGAGAACGCCAAUUGGGUGCUGGUCGAUGCUAUUCUCAGCACCCCGAUCGAGGGCCAACAUGCAUCAGCAGCACUCGACACACUGUCACUAGACACACCUCAGUCAGACAGGCUGCGCAUCGUUCAGAGUCUCGUUCACAAAGGCGCUAGCAGCCGUUCACUCGGUCGGUGGCUCAGCAUUGCAGUCAAAGAGCGCGAUGUGCCUCUCAUGGAGCUCUUGCUCAAAGCGGGGGCGCCAGUCGAUGCACAGGCUGUUUCUCUAGCAGUCGCUCAAGUUGACGAAUCAACACUACGGCUGUUCUGCAGCUAUAAGCCCACCUCUGCUUCGACCUCGACAGCUCUGCCGUUAGUCUUCGGCCCUCAAGGUCAAAGACACUCGAGAACGCUUGCGUUGUUAGACACACUGCUGGCACACGGUGUCGAAGAUACGCCAGCACUUCAGACGCUGCGGAUCGCGAUAGAAGGGGGCCCUGAAAAUCUUGAUAUUGUCCAGCGACUGCUUGCAGCCAAUCCGAAACUUCUUGGUUCGGCAUUUGAGUACACGAUCGCGCUCGAAGGUGCCUCUAAGAAGAAGCCGCUCAUGGAGGCAUUGCUGAAGCUCGGGAUCCCUCAAGAAGCUCUUGAUAAAGCACUAACGACCGAGACGCAAUACGCGGCGAAGGACAAAGACCUCAGCACCACUACGGUUCUCAUGAGGCAGGGAGCUUCUGUGAGUGUGGGAAGCGCCAACCCUCACGAUCUGACACUACGAAGGCUUUCGUACACUAUUUCUCGAACGAGCUCUACAUGACACAACCGUCGAUACAGAUAGCACCCUUUCCAUCGCCCGGCAGCUCUUGAUUUGUGGCGUCUGGCAGCCGACUGUCGAUGCCGCUUUGCGAGCUACACUUGACGUCAGAAAUGACCUUCUGCGCAUGGAGGGUUUUAUCGAUAUUCUGCUGCAGCACAACGCAAACGUCAACAGUGCGGAGGGCGUCUGCUUCUUGCUUGCAGCGCAGAGACACGAUCAUUCUAUCUUCGAACAACUUUUACUUCAUCAACCCGACUUCAGUCUCGUCAUUUCAGCGUUGCUCAGCUCCAAAACCUCAGACCAAGUAGUGAUCACUU